UGAGCAGGGCUCGCAGGGACCUCUCUGAAAACCAAACCCUUUCCUGCCUCCCGCCCCUGCCAGCCCCUCUCAGCUCUGUGGAACUGCUGCUGCUGAGAGCAGCUAUUGCUCACUUGCUCACAUGACAUCCUGGACUUGAUUUCAUCCUCCUCCUCCUUCCUCCCCACACCAGCCCCCUUUCCGUGCUGUCAUUUGUGUCUCCUGUGGCUUUCUGAUCUUGUCAGCAAGCCAGGGCGGGCACUUCUGGUUGCGUGGACGUACAGGGGAGAUUUUAUUGCCUUUCUGAGGCUCCUCUCCCACACUGGUAACACAACAUGAAAAAUUCUCUGGGUCGGGACGAGAUUUAUCAGCUCCUGCCGGGCCCACGCGCAGGGAGUUCGCUGCUCCCCCACACUGAGAACGUGGAGCUGCUGUGGGAUGGGUGCUUAUCUUGGGCAGCACAUGGUGGACGGGGUUUCUCCUUCCCUAGGCUGUGUCAGAGCGCAGGAGGUGUCAGUGUGAACCAGGCUCUGCUGCAGGUGCUUUUCCAGGCCCAGGCACCUGCCCCCAGCCCCUGGAGCUCAUGGGCACCGAGGUGGAGCUGGGCCCAGCUGCCUCUCUGGUGUUCAGUCAUUUGUUUCUUUCGUUAUCAGUUCUCAAAGAGCACGUGGUGGGGGCAGAGGGGACAAGACAGUCAUAAUUUGUCUCUCUGGUUCCCUCCUCUGCACUCUUGGGAGAAAUUCAGAGAUUGGUGCUGACAUAGGGCAAUUUCCUUUUGUGUGGGUGUCUUUUCACUCAUUUCAAGGGGGUUCUUUCUUACCUGCACCCUCUGGGGUCUUGCAGGACCCCCGGAAACAUGUCUGUCCUGAGGGAAACGUCAAAGAGGAACAGGCUUGGAGGGGGAAGGAGGCAAAACAAGCCCUCUAAAUACCUCUGCUGUGUCCUGCCAAUAAUCUGAGCCAUGGUGGGUUCAGAACCCAGAAAUGCCCUUGAAAGCACCUUGCCUAGACCUUCCAGGGUGGCUCUCAGAUAAAUAACUCCAGAGUCCACAGCAAGGACUCCUGUGCAGCAUAAGGCAAGUGAAGGACUGAAUGCAAAUCCUAACUUUCCCAGAGGAAUCCCAUCGUGGGUGACCCCUCAUCCCUCUGCCAGUGGGAGAGCAGAGACGUGCGGCUCUCCAAGGUGUCAUCACACUUCUGGGUGGGUUCUCGUGAGUUUUUCUCUUCUGUUUUAGAGAGGAAAGUGGCUUCUCACAAUUUCCCCUGUUGUGGAAAUACCCCAAAGCUCCCAGCCUGACGUGAACUUCAGGUAGCAUUAGAUGGAAAUCACUUUAAGGAGACGGUGUGUGUUUUCUGUCGGUGUCUUGCCUGAGCCAGGGAACCCAAACGCCAGCGAGGAGCUGCGAGGUUGUUAUUCUUUUUUUAAAAGCAAACCUGAAAAAAAAAAAAAGCCCCAACCACAAGUGCUGCUGCUGGGGAGGGGGAGCGUGAACCUCCCUCUGUGUGACCGAGCCUUGUCCCCACUGCGCAUCUGCCACCAGCUCAGUCACCUGCAGCUCCUGCUCUGGCAGCGCCCGGAGCCCUCCGAGCCCCGGGACCGGGGAGGCCGCGGUUCCUGGGGCCUGACAAUGUUGAUCGGGAUGGGAGAAUGGAGAGGGACCCUAAACUUCCUCGUGUGUGGGCGUUCCUGACGCUCUGGCUGCAGAGGAAGCACCGAGCCAAGCCCUGGAGCCUGCAGCUGCCGGCCCCCAGCCCGCUCGCCAGCCCGGGGGAAGGUGUUGUGCAGGAAAUCAACAUCACACACCAUGUGAAGGAGGGCUCCGAGAAGGCUGAUCCCUCACAGUUUGAGCUCCUGAAGGUGCUGGGACAGGGCUCUUUUGGCAAGGUUUUCCUCGUGAGAAAAAUAACACCCCCAGACAGCAACCACCUCUAUGCCAUGAAAGUGCUCAAGAAGGCAACGCUGAAAGUGCGGGAUCGACUGAGGACAAAGAUAGAAAGGGACAUCCUGGCUGAUGUCAACCAUCCCUUUGUGGUGAAACUCCACUACGCAUUCCAGACGGAGGGGAAGCUGUACCUCAUCUUGGAUUUCCUCAGAGGAGGUGACCUUUUCACUCGGCUUUCCAAAGAGGUCAUGUUCACCGAGGAGGACGUGAAGUUCUACCUGGCAGAGCUGGCACUGGGACUCGACCACUUGCACAGCCUGGGGAUCAUCUACAGGGACCUCAAGCCAGAGAACAUCCUCUUGGAUGAAGAGGGACACAUCAAACUCACAGAUUUUGGCUUGAGUAAGGAGGCCAUAGACCACGAGAAGAAAGCCUACUCCUUCUGCGGGACCGUGGAGUACAUGGCUCCAGAGGUGGUGAAUCGCCAGGGCCACUCGCACAGUGCUGACUGGUGGUCCUACGGGGUCCUCAUGUUUGAAAUGCUCACGGGGUCACUGCCCUUCCAGGGGAAGGACCGUAAGGAGACAAUGACCCUCAUCCUCAAAGCGAAGCUGGGCAUGCCACAGUUCCUGAGCACUGAGGCUCAGAGCCUCCUGCGAGCCCUUUUCAAAAGGAAUCCGGCCAACAGAUUAGGGUCUGGGCCAGACGGGGCAGAGGAGAUCAAGCGCCACCCUUUCUACUCCACCAUCGACUGGAACAAGCUGUACCGCAGGGAAAUCAAACCCCCCUUCAAGCCUGCAGUGGGUCAGCCAGAUGACACCUUUUAUUUUGACACAGAAUUCACGUCACGGACACCAAAAGAUUCCCCGGGUGUCCCCCCGAGUGCAGGGGCCCAUCAGCUCUUCCGAGGCUUCAGUUUCGUGGCGACCGGGUUGAUGGAGGAUGGUAAAGUGAAACCUGCCCAGCCACCCCUGCAUUCGGUUGUGCAGCAGCUGCAUGGCAAGAACGUCCAGUUCAGCGAUGGGUACGUGGUGAAGGAGGCCAUCGGCGUCGGCUCCUACUCCGUCUGCAAACGCUGCAUCCACAAGGCCACCAACAUGGAGUACGCAGUCAAGGUGAUUGACAAGAGCAAGCGAGACCCUUCUGAGGAGAUUGAGAUCCUGCUGCGGUAUGGGCAGCACCCAAACAUCAUCACCCUGAAAGAUGUGUACGAUGAUGGGAAGUAUGUGUACCUGGUGACAGAGCUCAUGAGGGGAGGGGAGCUGCUGGAUAAAAUCCUCAGACAGAAAUUUUUCUCGGAGAGAGAAGCCAGUUCAGUCCUGCACAUGAUCUGUAAAACAGUGGAGUAUCUGCAUUCCCAAGGGGUGGUUCACAGGGACCUGAAGCCCAGCAAUAUCCUCUAUGUGGAUAAAUCAGGGAACCCUGAGAGCAUCCGAAUUUGUGACUUCGGCUUUGCCAAGCAGCUCAGGGCUGAGAACGGGCUCCUCAUGACCCCCUGUUACACAGCAAACUUCGUGGCACCCGAGGUCUUGAAACGCCAAGGCUACGACGAGGGCUGUGACAUCUGGAGCCUGGGGGUCCUGCUGUACACGAUGCUGGCAGGCUGCACUCCCUUUGCAAAUGGUCCCAGUGACACUCCAGAAGAGAUCCUGACCCGGAUAGGAGGGGGGAAGUUCUCCAUCAGUGGAGGCAAUUGGGACACUAUUUCUGACAUGGCCAAGGAUCUGGUAUCAAAGAUGCUCCAUGUAGAUCCUCACCAGCGUCUCACAGCCAAGCAGGUCCUGCAGCAUCCGUGGAUAACCCAGAAGGACAGUUUACCCCAGAGCCAGCUCAAUCACCAGGACAUUCAGCUUGUAAAGGGUGCCAUGGCUGCCACGUACUCGGCACUGAACAGCUCCAAGCCAAGCCCUCAGCUGAAGCCCAUUGAAUCCUCCAUCCUGGCACAGAGGCGCGUGAAGAAGCUCCCCUCCACCACCCUGUGAGGCCCCACGGUGCAGGAACACCCCAGAUUUUGCACACCUAUGGAAGAGGGGGACAGGGGACGGGCAGGGUCUGCACAAGGGCUCCCUUGGGGGCUUGCUCUUAAAAGGCCAAGUGCCUUCCUGCUCCUGAAAGACUGGCUCCUCCUCGUGUGGACUGAUCUUUGCUGAGAGAACUUCACUGUAAAACUUUUUUGAAGUGUAAAUUGUUGAUUUUUAAAGACAUCCAUCUGUGUAUAUGAGAACUAGAAUGUAUAACUGAUGUCAAGUGGCACUAAAAAGCAGCUCUGAUUCACCCUUCCCUGUGUAGGGCCAGGUAUUUGUUGUCGCUACAGCAUUCCUUGGCACUGAUCCUCUCCAACUCCACUGCAUCUGGAAGACUGUGUCACACUUGGGGUUUAGGCUUUGGGGCUUUUCCUCCCUUGAACCUUUGGAUGUGUUUCCCAAAGCCAGCCCUGCAGGCUCCCAGCCAGCAGCACUCGUGUCCAUGAAGGACAUCCCUCCCCUCCAUGUCCUGUGUGUUUGUUCCAUGUCAGGUGGAUUUUGCAGCCUCCAUUUCUCCCUCUCUCCCGUGUUCCUCCAGCCCAGUCAGCAGCUCAGAUCUCUGAACAAAAUAAACCACGGUUUUUCCAAGCCCUCCCGUAGAUGCUCGGCAGGCCAGGACACCUCCUGGGUUUGGCUCAUUCCUUCCCUCUGCCCUACCACCUCCAUGUUCUCCCAUCACUGGGGAGUUUGUCGCCUGUGCAGGGGGGGAUGACAACAGAACCUCCUCCUUGGAAAGCCAAGGCUUUGGGCUGGCUCUGGCUGCUGCUUUUACCAUGUGGGGUUUUCCUUCCCCUCAGCAGGAACCUCUGAACCAAACCACCCUUUAUUUUUUUAAUUUAACUUUGUUCUACAGCCGGUAACUCAGGGUUUCUUUCUGACUCAUACAAUAAACAUGUCAUUCAGGUGACGUCCUGUUACUGACUGUCCGUGAGCUGCUGAGCCAGCGACCCCGGGCGUUCCCCGGUCACUUCCCGGUCUUUCCCCGGUUGUUCCUCCCUGCUAUGCAGGGGCAGUGCUCCUCGUCUGCCUUCUGGAAAAGCUGCAAAGCUUUUUACCAGGCCCUGAAAGCCAGCAGUGCUGCUUAGGGCUGCCUCUCAUGCCACCUUCUCUCAGGUGCAACCCCUCACUCCGCAGUGGGAGGUGAACCAGUCCUGGAAUGAGGCAGGAACCAACAGGAAUGGUGGCAGCAUCCGGAGGGGAAUUUCUUACUCUCAGGACAUUUCUGUGCUUACAGAAACCACCACUUGGAGACAAACUGUGCCAGAAAUAAAUGGCCACCCCAUUUUGACCUGCAGGGAAUUGCUGGAGCUCCAUGGUGGAAGUUUCUGGGAGCAGCAGGAUUGCUACUAGGGCUGCAAACAGAGCUCAAGGAUGUGACUGGAACCAGCAAAAGUUCUCAUGUGAAUUUCUGCUACUUUUAGCUGAUUAUGCCACAAGAGAGGAAACUUUCUUUUUGUUCAAUCCCAGUAGGCUCUAAAAUGGACAAUUCCAUAAAAAGAAUUAUCUGAGAUACACAGUGCUCUUCUCCUCUACCCUCAUUCAAGCAGGUCCGGUGAGCAGCCAGUGAGAAGCUGAAAUAGUCACAUUUUUUUUCUUUCUUUAUUCCAAGUGCAGCCUGAGUGUCCAGUGCUUCUGAGAGGAGGAGGCCAGCACCAGUCCACAGUGGAUCUUCUUACUGGCAUUGCCACCAACCCCAGCAGAGAGGGAUUUAAUGUUUUGCUGAGAUUUGAGGAGGGGGACACUCCACCAUCCGAAAUGCCUUCCUUAAAAAUAUUUGUGGCAUGAUAUUCCCUACAACUCCACACUGACUCUUGUACCAGUGCUGUGCAAAUUUUAGGUACCUGCAACCAAUACAAUAAUUACAAACAUUUUUCUGUAGCUGUCCCUUUGGUACUUCUGGGUGUUGCAAGAACCUCUUCAGAUUUUCAGAAUAUUUCCUACAUUGUGUUUUGAGGGAGGGUCUGGAGUGGUGGAUGGGGUUGGAUGUCAACCCUCCCUGUGAUGUGCUGGUGUGAGGCCCGCUGGGGACAACUCAGAGGUGUGGGGGACAACCAGGUGCAGAUCAGUGUGGGUGCAGGGAGAGCAGCCCUUGGCUGCUGCAGGUUCUGCCUGGCCAUGAGACAAUACCUGGGGUGUCAGACCCCAAAACCAGGAGCAUCAAACCCCUCCUGGGGUCUCCAAUCAGAAGAACUUUGUGUUCGGUGCAGCUGUAGCUUCUGAAACCCCCAUCCCCUUGGAGAGCAGAGGGAACAAGGAGGGCUACACCUUCCUCUCCAGGGGGCUUUUAACCACAUUGUUCUGAGUGAUCAAUAAGUAAAAAUAAGUCUUGCUUUUUAGUUCCAGAUCAACCAAGUGCUGUUACUUUUUUAAUUCCAGUGCUCAAUAAAAAUGGACUUGUUGAACUUUCUGUA